GGAGCAUGGUCCGCUAGCCUGUAAACGGCAGCAGCCAACCAUGGAGCUGAGAGCACAUGGCAAGGUUAUUGUCUCAGUGGAGGGCCGAGUUGGUGGAACAGCGCAGCCACGGCGAGGGAAAUAGUGAACAUUUGUUAACCCAGCAUUACUGCCAAAGUUUGUACCAGGACUCCCCCAUGAACAAGCCUCAUAAUCCUGCUCAGAUCUUGAUUUCUUUACACAGUGAGGAAGGGAAGGAGCUAGAGAGCAUCCUAGCAGAUCCUGAGGAAGAAAACAGGUGCUGGCUCUGAAUACUGACUGCAGCAGAGUCUGGUAGCCUCUCCCAGCCAUUGAGAGAGAAGAUGAGCUUCCUCUUCAGCAGCCAUUCUUCUAAAACACUCAAGGCAGAGAAUAUCUCUGAAGUCUCAUGAGUAUGAACACUUAAAGCAUGCAGAAGUAUUUUUAGAAGCGAGAAUGUGAGCAGAGCUGUUAUGUUGCCAGAAGAAGAGGAUCUCAUCCAAUGGAUAACAGUUAACACUGUGGAUUUCUUCAACAGAUUAGAACUCUGCACUGAAACAAGCUAUUUAAUCAUGUCUGCAAGAUCUA